AUGCAGAAUAGUGACACUUCACGGGUGGUCAUCCCCAUGUGUGAAGUGGAGGUUCCGGACCUCAGCGACCCUUUGGGACAACUUGAUGGACAGGACAGCCCAAUCCCAACUCUGAAAGGCUACUUUCUGAAUUUCCUGGAGCCAGUGAACAAUAUCACCAUCGUCCAAGGCCAGACAGCGACUCUGCACUGCAAGGUGGCGGGAAACCCACCCCCCAACGUGCGGUGGCUGAAGAAUGACGCUCCGGUCGUGCAGGAGCCACGCCGGAUCAUCAUACGAAAAACGGAAUUCGGUUCUCGACUGAGAAUCCAAGACCUGGACACCACAGACACAGGCUACUACCAGUGCGUGGCCUCCAACGGGGUGAAGACCAUCACAGCCACUGGAGUCCUGUUUGUGCGGCUGGGUCCAACACACAGCCCCAACCAUAACUUCCAGGACGACUACCAUGAGGACGGGUUCUGCCAGCCAUACCGGGGCAUCGCCUGUGCACGCUUCAUUGGGAACCGGACCAUUUAUGUGGACUCGCUCCAGAUGCAGGGGGAGAUCGAAAACCGCAUCACGGGUUCAGACCACCCUCAGACCAGAGGGUCUAAGGUCAUGGCCCAGGAGGGCCUGCCUGCUGGCAUGGGCAUAGUCACGAGAUGCAGGAACCUGAAGACGCCGUCCGGUCCAUGUCAGCCACGAGGAAUCCCAGGGACUGGACGUGACGAGCACUGCUGUGCUCCGGUCCCGGCCACAGCUGUCCCCAGGCCCCUGCCCGUCAGCUGCCGGUGCCUGGGCCUUCAAGCCACGGGCCACGUUGCAGGCUCUGGGUGGACGUUCAUCCCCAGGCUGCAGGCUCGACAAGUCGCCCCACGAGGGAAGAAGCAGGCCCAGAGAGGAUUAGUGACCAUCCCAGAAUCUGUGAUGCUGCUGACCCUACUUUACACGGAGGGCUGGGCCCAUCUCCUCCUGGACACCUGUCUCCAGGCCCUGAGGUCCCCUGGCCCGAACCAUCAGUGCUACAACGGCUCUGGGGCGGACUAUCGAGGCACCACCAGCACCACCAGGUCGGGGCACCAGUGCCAGCCCUGGGCACUGCAGCACCCCCACAGCCACCACCUGUCGAGUGCAGACUUCCCCGAGCUGGGCGGGGGCCACGCCUACUGCCGGAACCCAGGGGGCCAGAUGGAAGGGCCCUGGUGCUUUACGCAGAAUAAAAACGUACGCAUGGAACUGUGUGACGUUCCCUCGUGUAGUCCCCGGGACGGCAGCCGGAUGGGGCUCCUGUACAUCCUGGUGCCCAGCAUUGCCAUCCCGCUGGUCAUCGCCUGCCUCUUCUUCCUGGUCUGCAUGUGCCGGAACAAGCAGAAGGCGUCCGUGUCUACACCGCCGCGGCGGCAGCUGAUGGCCUCGCCCAGCCAGGACAUGGAGAUGCCCCUGAUCGCACAGCACAAGCAGGCCAAGCUCAAGGAGAUCAACCUGUCCGCCGUGAGGUUCGUGGAGGAGCUGGGCGAGGACCGGUUUGGGAAGGUCUACAAGGGCCACCUGUUCGGUCCCGCGCCCGGGGAGCCGACGCAGACCGUGGCCAUCAGGACCCUGAAGGACAAGGCGGAGGGGCCCCUCCGGGAGGAGUUCCGGCACGAGGCCUUGCUGCGGGCGCGGCUGCAGCACCCCAACCUGGUGUGCCUGCUGGGCGUGGCCACCCAGGAGCCGCUGAGCAUGGUCUUCGGCUACUGCCCGCACGGCGACCUGCACGAGUUCCUGGUCAUGCGCUCGCCCCACUCGGAUGUGGGCAGCAGCGACGACGACCGCACGGUGCGGUCGGCCCUGGAGCCGCCCGACUUCGUGCACGUGGCCGCGCAGAUCGCGGCGGGCAUGGAGUACCUGGCCAGCCACCACGUGGUGCACAAGGACCUGGCCACGCGCAACGUGCUGGUGUACGACAAGCUGGCCGUCAAGGUCUCGGACCUGGGCCUCUUCCGCGAGGUCUACGCCGCCGACUACUGCGCGCUGGCGGGCGGGGCGCCGCUGCCCAUCCGCUGGAUGGCGCCCGAGGCCCUCGUGUUCGGGCGGUUCUCGGUGGACUCGGACGUGUGGGCCUUCGGCGUGGCGCUCUGGGAGGUCUUCAGCUACGGCCUGCAGCCCUACUGCGGCUACUCCAACCAGGACGUGGUGGA